UUCCUUGCAAAUGUGGCGAAAUCUUGAGGGUGAGCAUGGGGUGAAUAAUUCCCGUGCUCGUUGUGGAGAAAGGAAAAUACAACAGAGGACUGACAUUGAAAACUCAAACAGUACAGGCCCCUUUUUAUUGUAUGAUCAGGGAAUUGUUAUGGGAAAUGCUAGCUUUGAAGGUGCCAAUGAGGCUUGUAAUGGACGUGUGGCGUCUCAAAGCCAGACUGUGUUGGAAACUGAAUCGGAGGAUAACCGUAGUAUUCUCUCAGAUCAAUCUAGUGAUCUUGGGGAAAUUGAACGUGAGAGGGUGAGGCAGGUUUUUCAGGACUGGAUGAGCACUGGUGUGAAGGACCAUUCUCAAUCAUUGAGUGUCUCACAUAAGAACAACUGCUUGGGGGCACCAUGGUUAGGGGAAAAUGAACGAGAAAGGGUGAGAAUCAUAAGAGAGUGGGUGAAAAUCAACAUUCAGCAAAGUGGCGCGGGUUCUCCAAGAGAUGAAGGCGCUGCUGAUACCGGUUCUCAAUUCGAACAAGUGCGUGAUGGAUCUUUGGUCAAUCAUUCUGAAAAUGGAGAGAGAAAAUCCGUGCGUAUGUAUUGCGGCAGAAAAGCCCUUCUUGAUUUGCUGAUGAAGUUUCAAAUGGAAAGGCAAAGAGAAAUUCAGGGCUUAUUGGAAAGUAAACCUGUAUCAAACUUCACAUACCGCAAUCGGAUUCAGUCAUUGCUCAAGGGUAGAUUUCUGCGGAACGAGAGAUUGAUGACCAGUGAUGAAAGAACUACAUCAGACGCUGCAAGUGAAUUGGGCAUACUGAGACAAAGUCAUACUGUAUCUUAUUUAAGGAAAGAGAUUUUAUCCAGAUUGGUCGAUAAUGCUCGUAAUUCUACAAAAGAUGUGCAGCUGAAUGCCUCUUCUACAGAUGACCUGAAUCGUCAUCAUCGAAGUGAACAGUCUCAAUCAAAUAAUGAACAAGAGAUAAUUGAUGAAUCCUAUGAUCAAUCUGAACUCGAUAGUGAAGAGAGGGAAACUGAUGGAUCUCAUGUAGUCGGGAACUCAGAAAGCAUUACAUCUGAGGAAGUAAACCAGCAAAAUUCGGUUGAUCAAAUAGCUGAACAUUCAAAUCAAAUAGCAGCUGUUGAAAGUGGUUCUCGAGGGCAUGUACGAGAAGACCAUGAACCCUUUCAUGAUAAUGAUGCACCAAGAAGUGAGGCAAGUGAUACUCAUGAAGUAUAUGAUCAUUCUCAUGGCUUGAUAAGUAGUACUUUUGAGGACUAUGUGUGGCAAGUUUUAUCAUCUCAGGCAGAGGAUCCACAGGACGUUGUCACGGAUCAUGAGGAAGGAAACUUGCGACAAUCAGAAGCGCCAUAUGAACUAGUUAUCGAACAUGGCGAAAGUAAGCAAAUGUCUUCUUCUGAACACAAUGAAACGACAAACAAUACUACAGAAGACAUGAGCGGAAGUUGGCAGGAAGAUUCUGCAAACCAUUGGUAUCCAGACAGUUCGGAAAAUGAUACUGAAGAACAAAUUUAUGAGCAAGAACAUGAGCACUGGCAGAGUAAUGAUUGGCUGGAUAUGCCUUCUAGUCAGAAUGCUGGAUCCAUGGGAAGGGUUGAUUCAUUUUACAUGCCUGAUGAUGAUAGUGUUUACAAUAUUGAACUUCGAGAACUUCUUAGCAGGAGGCGUGUCUCUAAUCUGCUUCAAAGUGGUUUCCGUGAGAGUCUUGACCAGUUAAUACAAUCUUACGUUGAAAGGCAAGGUCACGCUUCUGAAUGGUAUAUGGAUGGAACAUCAUCAUCCCCUGAUGAUACGGACCACGAGCUGCUUCAAGAAUAUGACAAUCAAGAUGGGCCUCAGAUAAAUAGUGAAUCUAAUCCCUUUGCCAUGACUUCACUACAUGUGGAACCUUCUCUGCAAUUGAUAGGAACAGAUUGGGAAAUCAUACAUGAGUUGAGGAAUGACAUGGUUAGGCUUCAGCAGAGGAUGAACAAUAUGCAGAAGAUGUUCGAAAAGUGUAUGGAAAUGCAAGUUGAGCUCCAACGCACGGUUCAUCAAAAUGUUUCUGCAGCCUUAAAUCGAUAUGCUUGUUCAACAGAUAUUGAUGCAUGUGAGGACAGUGUGCAAUCCAAAUGGGAUAAUGUGAGAAAAGGGAUUUGUUGCUUGUGUUCUAAUAGCAGCAUAGAUGCCUUACUGUAUAGGUGUGGACACAUGUGCACAUGUUUAAAAUGUGCAGAAAAGUUGAUCCAGCGGAACGGAAAAUGUCCAAUGUGCCGGGCACCAGUAAUUGAGGCGAUCCGAGCUUUUUCUAUACUGUAA